AUGGAGUGCGGAGUCCAUGCGGUGAUUCAGGAGCCGUCGGGGAGCGCCGACGCUUUCGUGCAGCUCCACGAUGGGCGGCGGCGACAUCUGGGCGUCCCCCCGCAGCUGCAGUCGCGACUGUGCGCUUCGCGGGGAUUCCACGCAAUCACGCGGCUCUGCGCUCCGAUCGGCCGACUGCUGGGCGAGGUCUACACGUUGUUCGAGUCGUACUACUUCGCAGCGGAGCGGCCGGCGCUGGUGUCGCUGCACACCUGCGCGCGUGGUAUCGCAAGCUCGCUCGGCAUCAUUAUUGUCUACGUCUACCGCGUAUGCCGCGCCACCACGUCGGCGCUGUCGCGGUACGCCAUCGCAACUAUAUCGGACGACCGUCGUCGAGAACUAGGCAGCAAGGCCAUGGUCUUCAAGUACGGCUUCUUCGCUCACGGCAUGGCUGUGAGUGCGUCGAACACCUCUCAGGAAGUCUUGAUCGCAGCGGCGCUGGACCGCGGGUCAAUCAACAUCUCCUUCAACCAUGUGGCGCACCGGGCGCUGCUGCAAUUGACGCGAAUCGACGGAUGCGGGCCUGAUGCCCCCGUGACGUCGCAUGCACUCGGAUUCGACGACCGGCUUUCUGAAGGCACGGAGUUCGUCACCUGCGUAUCGACUGAUCCUACGCCGGGGUUGGGAGUUACGCUGAUUGUGGGUUACUCGACAGGUGUUGUGGAGAUCUGGAAGGAAAGCGUCUGCAUGACGGAUCUGCGCGAGGCGCUCUGUGAGGCCGUUGCGCAGUGCAAGCUGUCGUCGUAUCCAUUCUUCUGCUCAUUUAGCCCCUGUGGAGAGAUAGCAGUGGUACUGACUGUGGAUGACAUGUACUUGACAGAGUGGACCGGAUCCUCACUGUCGGCCAUCAAGCUGGUCGACGGCUCGAGCGCCGACUUUUGGUCCGCCACCGGCGCACGUGUGCUGGCGGCUGAGUGGCUGAAUGCGCACGAGAUUAUGAGCCUAUCGGAUAACGGCCAGCUGUGGCUUUCCAGGAGGUCGGAAAUGGGGUACUGGCAAAGGAUAACGCAGUACAUCUUGGCGGACUCGCCGCCCAAGGAUGCGGGUUUGACCAGCUGGAUCAGCCGGAUGCAGUAUGACGGUCGAGGACUGAUGUUCCUUAAAAUGCACGGGUCGCACCAAGUACUGCAGUUGCGUUGGGACAAGAGCGCUAUGCCUGAUCUGUCCGUUGUGGAGUUCCCUGCAAGGGAGACGGUUGGGCGACUGGGAGGUCGCAUCCCGAGCGCGACUUCAGAUUCAGCUGAUACUAUGACCGCAGCUGACGGUCGUGAUUUACGCAAUUCGGCUAACAAUUUGGCAGUGGCGGACUUUGCGCUGGAGCCGCAAUCGUCCCUCAUCGCCAUCAUUGUAAGCGACCGCUCUGCGGUGAACGUGUACAGCUAUCCGAAGAUGCGUUUCCUGCACGCUUUGGAACCGCCAAGACCUCAUUUGAAGGCUGCAGGGCUGAAGUUCGUGGCCACCAGAAGCAGCACUGUCGAAGUAUUUUUGGCGGUGAAGUGGGUUGAGAUAAGCCUCGAAAUAUUCCAGGAGCCGGAGGAUUUCGACAUCGACCACAAAGUUGCAAGCACAGGCGGCGCACAGAGCGGGCGCAUGACGAUCGUUUACGCGUUGUCCAGCUCCGUGCUGCGUUCGCAAAACUGGCAAGGACAGAGUUUGGCCGAGAUCUUGUCUGGAGGCGAGAGCUCGGUCACCGCCCAUGCAAGAACUCCCAGGAGUGUAUCGUUCCGCCGGAACGAUGGGUACGGCGGGGAGACCAUACCCCGACUCACUGUAUUCCGGCCAACCUUCCCGGAGCAUCUGUUGGGUGGUACGAAAAAUUCUGUUAUGUUCGAGGACGCAUUUUCGCACCGUCGGCAACUAUUCGGCAAGCAGUACGCCGACGGAGAUGACCGCGUGCUAUCAUUCGACGGGAAAAUGCAGGCAAUGGGUCGGCGGGAGUCGCCGUUGCUGGGCGGGUCAGCCUUUUCCAAGGCGCCGCUGUCUAGGUCGCCCGAGACGGACACACAUGUCUACUCAAUGGAAGAGUUCACUCGCCGCAAACGCGGCGGUAUAUAA